AUAUCAUUAUUUUCCGUAGUGUUCUUAGAAAACGGUCGAAUUAAGUGUUAUUUUUUACAUUAGAGUAUAAGAUGGUUGUGUGCACAAUGCAGAGCUUUGGAGCAGAACAAUCUCUAGGGAAACCAAACAGCCGAUGCGCCACGCAAACCCAGCCUAGAAAGACCACGCACGUCCAAGAUUUGGUAAUUUUCGAUAAGGACAAUGGCGUCAGCGUUAAGCAAGACGGCGUUAGCGAAUGUGAAGAGGGCGAAAUUGUGGAUGAAUAUGAAAUGAUUAUAUCGUCCGAGGACGAGGAGUUCAAGCUACGCGCUCGCAUUCGACAACUGGAGGACCAGAAUGGUGAUUUGGAAAAUUUAGACGUUCUCUCCGCCAACCUCGCCGAUCAAUAUAGUUAUCAGAAACCACAAGCGGACAGCAAACCGUCCGCACCAUCAGUCCUGCCACAACAACGAGACUAUCAAGAUUUUCAACCGAUUCCCGUGCUAUCCGACAUUUCAAGCUUCUCGGAAGAUGAGCAUCCACCGCCAAGAAAGUAUAGUAAACAUAAAAUUAAACGAAUGGAAAGUAGAAAACAAGGAUAUUAUGAUAACAAUUGCGAUUACAAGCGCAAUCCCUUCUCACGCCGUACACACAGCCAGCGCAAGAAACGACGACAUGAUCACCAUCACCAUCAUCAUCACCACCAUUCCCAUACCUGUCAGCAUUUCAAUGAGUCCAUCAUUGUCGAGCCCUUAGAUAGGGGGACGGAUGAUGAGAUUUGUGAGUACGAUAUCAACGUGGACGAAGAAGAUGAUGACGAAGACGAUGAUGAAGACCUAGAGCGGUUAAAGUUGAGCCGUGCUAAGCUGCGGGUGGCACUGGCACGCAAUGGGGACUAUGAUAUAAAACCAAAGUAUAGCUUGAAGGAGCGUCUACAAGCGCGGAUUCGUCAAACACCAAGUCCACGGUAUCGCAGUCCUCAAACAACAACGGAUCAAGUUUUUAAAACACUUCAUGAAAAAGAAACACAAUUUGACGGAUCAAGUCCGGCAUCAACCUCCAUAAAUUCUGAAAAUCCAUUAGAAGAGUCACCUGAAGUACAGCUACGUCUAUUAGCAUUGAAAUCUGUCAUACUCAAGAAGCAUUAUGCGCGCAAAAAACGCGAUGCCGAGCGCGCUUACUCGCCAACGGACAUGAUCAAACGUGUCCAUCCGACAAUUAACACAGAUUACGAUAUCGACGAUCUAAUGGACAUUAGUCCGGCUGCAUCGCCAGAGCGCGUAACGAGUCCGGUGGAAUAUCAUGUAAGCAAUUCGUAUGAAAACACCAAAGCUGUCGAUAUGGAUCUGGCAGACACCGAUAGCGAUCAAGGACCUAGCCAUUACGAUCAGUGGCACACCGAUUGGCCGCAACCGCAACGCCAGGAAACGCUGUGUGGACCACUUUUCAGCGAUGGUAACUGGAACUAUAAUAUGCCAAGUUCUCUGCCGGCCGUGCCAAUGACGAUUGUUAUUGAUGAUGACGACGAAGAGGUUUAUCCACCGCCGCCACCAUCCUAUCACAUUCCGCAAGUUCUAAUUGAUGAUGACGAUGCCAGGGACGCGCAUUCUCUUGAACCUACAGAGCAUUCAAAUCAUGGCUCGAUCAAUGAAAUACAAUCAAUAUCCAUGGAAAAUUCGCGUUCAAAAAGUGUGAUUAAAUCUGUGGCAGAGUCAAGUGAUGAUGAGGCCGGCGUUUUGCGCGCAAUGCUGCUUUCCAAAUUAAAGACAAACGUCCCUUCCCCUGCACUUGUUUCUGUACCUGUAUCAAGUGAGAUAGUUCCAAUACUUGAUCCGCCAAGCCCGGAAACCGAUGAAGCUGAGGAACUGCGCUUACAGCUUCUAUCAAGCAUCGCAGCUAAACGAAAAACUGAUGAUAAAGUCCCUAGUCCAGCUAUAUUGAAGAAAGCGGUGCGCCGAUUUCAAAUGCAGCCCAUUAAAGAGGAGGCGUCUGCAAAAUCUGAUAUAGCAACAAGUUGUUCUUCGAAUCUAAAUGAGCCAAAGCAUGAAGCUGAAGAAAUGGAUGAACAAAAACCGGAGAAGCUCGCCACCAAUGAAGUGAAGCCUGAAGUCACCGUAGCAAUAGAAAUUGAGCGGGAACCAAUCAAGUCUGAAAAAACUGAAGCUACAUCUGUACCUGCACCUUCAGAAAUUGUGGAAAUAACUAAGGAAGUAGCACCAACUCCCAUUCCAAAUGAAAAUGUUCCACUGGCAGCUGAAAAGGUUAUACCCCCUCAACCUGUUCCUUCGCCUUCUGCAGAGCAGUUGGAAAAUUGUAGUGCAAUUGAGUCGAGCUCAACACUCACAAUUACUCGCAACGUAGCCCCAAAGAAGCCUGCAAGCACUUCCAAGGCAUUGCAACCAGUAGCGCCGAAUGGACGACAAAAUUUGCCAAUGCCAGGGGUCAUUAAAAUCGUGAAGCCGAACAAGGUUAUCAAUAAAACAACUACUGUGAAGCGUAAAACUGCCAUGCUAGAUGAGUUGAGCGCCAAGCGGCCCGCGACACUUCUCAUCAAGGAGGGAGGGGCGCCCAUGCAUUACGCCAAUAAACCACCGAGUACUUCGCGUCUGAUAACAAAAUACGAUUCGGCCAGCAUCAAAAUCAAUCGCGUGGUUGUAAACCUUGCAGAAUCUUCCACAGAUAGCGACGAUGAGCUUAUGGACCUGCCAAUCAAUGAGCUGAUGAGCCGAUUUGGUUACACCAAAUACUCUGAUAACGCAAGUCCUUUGAGCCUCACGAUGGGCAGUGCCAGCAAUUCUACAACCAGGUCUAACACGCCCAAUUCCGAGAUUCUAGAGUCGUCAGCAAGUGCGUCAAAUCUAAGGCGAGUUGUGAUUAAUGAGUACUUUGAGAAGAGGCUGGAUGAUUUCCUAAAGCAGGCGCGCUCAAAUUGUGAAAAAAGCCCAGAAGAACUAAGCAGCACUGAACAACCAGAAGAUGCCAAUGGGAUUGCGAAAAAGGCCAACGAAGAAGAGACGGUUAAGAGUACAACUCCAACGGCAGUGGAAAAAGGCACUGAUGAGGCUAAUAAUGCGGUUGCCCCUCAACCUAAAACGAAGACGCAAACCUCGCCGGCUGUGAAACAUCUUCCCAUGGAGUCGCAAAGGGAAUACGUGCGUCUCAUCGAACGUAUGAAAGUUUUGGAGAAGAGAAAAAAAAUUGAGGCAUUAAAAGGUUCCACGAACAAGGCGACAGCAACGGAGAAGCCCAUGGUCCCAGCUAAAGUCGCAAGAAACAAAGUUGUGGAAGCUACAGCAGCAGCAUCAUCCGAAACAGUAGCCCUCAAGCCGCCAAGUAGCAACAAGGUUGCGAAGAAAACAACAGCGGUAGCAACGAAAGCAGCUGGCAUAAAUGUAAAUCCUGUAAAUGUAAAUCCUGUCAACGAUAGUGCUUCCGCAUCAGCAGCACAGGUGGUGGCAACAGUUACAGAUGCUCCAGCGCAGCCAUCACAGGUGUUGACAAAGAAGAAUAUAAGCAUUUUAAAAACGGUUACCGAUGUUAAACUACCUGUUGUAGCAGCCGGGCAUCCAAAUGCCCAGAAAACAGUCACAGCGAAAGCAGCAGCUAUUCCAAAAGCUCAGCUGCAGCAGCCAAAGGAAAGUCGGCUCAAAUCCUUUGAAAGUUCGUUCCUGAAAAUUGGCGGCAGCAUGAUUGCCAAUCUGGAUAAAUCGCUGCAUAUGGUCGAGGAGGCGAAGAAGUCGAAGAUCACUCGACUUCGCUGCUCGCAGCGCCUCAAAGAACUGUACGCCGAGAUGCAAGCCGUAAAGCAGGCUGUGAAGCAAGAGGAGGCCAAGCUGGCACGCAUUCAGCCCGAAAUACAGGCAUCGCAUGAGAUCAUCAUAUCGUUGAAGCAGAAGCGUUCAAAACUCUACAAUGCGGCCAUGGAUCUUGGGAAAAGCAUCAAGGGAGACGACUACAGGUUGUUGGACGAGGGAAAGUCGGAGAUAAAGCGCAAAUCAUCGGAGCUGACUAAAGAGAUUCGUCUGUAUAAUUCGAUAAUUAAAUAUACGGAUUUGUCAAAACUAACUGAGCCCACAGAAACUAAUCAAGAUUCGCCAGCCACAACAGCUGCGACAAAAUCGCUUAAUGAAUCAACUGCCCCUCUGCCACAUGAUGAGGCGAAGAUUGCUGAUCCCACUGAGCCAAGCUGUGAACCCAAAGAAAUUCCUAGCGCAUCCAAAGAUAAGCCUUUCCAGUCCCAGCCGUUUGUCCCUUCCGAACAAACAACUGAGCUUGCAACUGUAGAAAAGCUAGACGCUGCCGAGGCCAUAUUAGAAGAUUGUGAUACAAUAGUAGCAGCUGAGGGUAGCGCAGAAGGCGAAGGUGCAACUACAAUCGAUGCUGUCGAAAAAUCAAUUGACGAUAUAAUUGCAAACGAGGCAGCUACAUCGUCCACAAAGGUGCAGGCUCCCCACACCGUCUCCUUCAUGAAAGAACUGAGAGAAGAGCCCAUCAAGGAGAGUCUUCUGAAAGAAUAUCACACGCCCAUGUCACGCAACUACAACAGCCAAGUCGAUGUCAAUGGCAUGAUCUGUCCCUUCGAAUUGAUGGGUCGUUGCGAGGAUACAGACUGUUCUUACAUGCAUUUACCGGUCGUCUGCUGAAAACAAUUCGCAGACUAUGCUCCACAUGCUUCGAUUUCAAAAUCCUAUUCAUAUUAAAUCACUUAAAUCAAAACAAAAACAAACCAAAAAACAAACAAAAAAAUUUAAAAACAUUCUAUAUAGCGUGCUUGAAUUCUGGUAAGUUGAACUCUUCACGCGACCUAAUAUAUAAAUGUUGCUUUCAGUCAACGUAAAAAAAAAACCCACUCCCAAAAAAUCAAAUAAACAAAAAAAGAGAGAUGAAAAGCCGCAGCCCCUGCAUAGUGAUAAAUGUGAAAAUGAAUAUUAUUGUUGAAAGAUAUAUAUUUUUGUUGUUGUACAUUGACGUGGUGUUGUGCAAGUUCGAUGACCUCGGACCGUGAAUGGAAUGUGCACCAAAAUCAUAUGAAUGAUUUAUUGAUUUUUUUUGCCAUACUCUAGCAACAGCAAAAUCUGUAAUAUCGUUAAGUUGAAACGCGUUUUUAUGUUUUGCCAAUUGUUCGAUUUAUUUGGACCUAUCUACAGUAGGAAAUUUUCGAAUUGAGAUCAUAAUUUUUAUUAAGCCUAUUAUUAAUUAUUACAUGUAAAUAUUAUAAAGUUUUAAAAAUAUUAAA